ACUCAAGGAAAGAAAAAAGAUUGGAGUUCUUUCCGAGGUAAUUUUGGCAAGAGGACCCGUCGUUAUCAGCAUGGUGGAUAUGAGCCUCAGUCUUCACACCCCCAUAAGGAUGAUGGAAAUGGGGAGAUGAGGGGAGUCCAGAAGUACCAAGUAAGACACACUCCCUAUACCAAGGGACAUGACAAGAGGAGAGUGCAAUGGUAUAACAAAGGACAUCUCCAUGUUACUCUGUGCAGUGACAGAAAACAUCUCAGGAGAGAAAAGGGGGAGAACACCCAAGAUCGAACCCUGGGGAGUUGGUUCAAGAUCACAAUUCCCUAUGGAAGAAAGUAUGACAAGACAUGGCUAAUGGAUACCAUCCAGAGCCAUUGCAGUGUCCCCUUCACUCCAGUGGAUUUUCACUAUGUGCAAAACAGGGCCAGAUUCUUUGUUCAGGACACUAGUGCUGCCUCUGCCUUGAAGAAUGUCAGCUACAAGAUUUGUGAUGAGGAGAACCAAAAGAUAGUUAUCUUUACCAGUACUUCUGCUGUACCCUACUCUGUGCAGGAUAAACUGAAGCCAGAAGAAAUGGAGCAGCUAAAGCUGGCCAUGGACAAACGAUAUGAUGUGUCCCACAAAGCUCUUGACCUUCAUAAGCUUCGCUUUGACCCAGGCUUUGCACACCUUGAUAUUGAAAUAAUCCUGAAUCGGAGAAACUGCAUGACAGCCACCCUGCAGAUCAUCGAAAAGAAUUUCCCUGAGCUGUUGUCCUUGAAUUUGCACAACAACAGACUGUACCAGCUAGAUGGCCUGUCUGAUAUUAUACAGAUGGCCCCCACAGUCAAGAUCCUGAACCUCUCCAAAAAUGAGCUGAAAUCCUCUUGGGAGUUGGGCAAGAUCAAAGGCCUGAAGCUCGAAGAGCUGUGGCUGAAAGAUAACCCCUUGUGCUGCACCUUCCCAGACCAAUCUACGUACAUCAGAGCCAUCAGGAAAUGUUUCCCCAAGUUGUUACGCUUGGAUGGCCAGGAUUUACCCCCACCAACUACUGUUGACAUUGACAGAUCCUACAUAAGCAAGCCCUUAAAGGAAAGUUGUAAAGGAUCUGAUGUUCUGAAGACUCGAAUCCUGCAAUUUCUGCAGCAAUACUACUUGAUCUAUGACUCUGGAGACAGACAGAGUCUCCUUGGUGCUUAUCAUGAUGAAGCCUGCUUCUCCCUGACCCUUCCUUUCAUGCAAAAUGACCCAGACCCAAGCAGCUUGUAUGAGUACUUCAGAGAUAACAGGAAUAUGAAGAACCUCAAGGACCCCAACCUGCGUUUUAAUCUGCUGAAAUGUACGAAAUAUGACAUUGUGAGCUCCCUCUGUGUGUUUCCCCAAACUCAGCAUGACCUCAACUCCUUCCUGGUGGACAUGUUGUUCCAUUCGGAAAGCCUGUUCUUCUUCUGUGUCAAUGGGGUGUUCAGGGAAGGGGAAGGAAUGUCUCAGGGUGCUUUUCGUGCCUUCACCCGGACCUUCAUUGCCACUCCUGGCAGCAAUUCCAGUAUAUUCAUCGUGAAUGACGAGCUGUUUGUGAGGGAUGCCACACCCAUUGAGACUCAGAGUGCGUUUUCAACCCAAGUGCCCACACCCUCCACCAGCACUGGGCCCGUGGUCUCUCAGGAGCAGCAGGAAAUGGUGCGGGUUUCAUUCAACCUGUCUCAGAUGAACCUCUAG